AGAAACCGCAAAACAACGUCUUACUGGAACUUUUUGUAAUUUAUCUAAACAACACCGACGCGCUUUCUCGCUCUCUCUCUCUUCCGUUCUCGAACGAACAACACCCCUCCAUCCAUAACAAACCCUAAUACAAAGACAUAAUCCAGAAGAAGAAGAGAAAAACUAAAUCUGAAUACAUUUUCUGCCCCCUUCCAGUUUCCAUUAUCAAUCUUCUUUUCUCUUCAUAAAUCUUUUGUGGAUUUGUUGUUUUUUUGGUGAGGAUGAUGGGGUCUCUUCAAGCAGAUCAGCUCCAACAAUUGAAAGAUAUAUUUGCAAGAUUUGAUAUGGAUUCAGAUGGAAGCUUAACCCAGCUAGAACUUGCAGCAUUAUUAAGAUCAUUAGGUUUAAAACCGAGUGGUGAUCAGAUUCAAGCCAUGUUAUCAAAUAUAGACGCGAAUGGGAAUGGAUCUGUCGAAUUUGAUGAAUUAGUUUCAGCUAUUAUGCCUGACAUGAACGAAGAGAUCUUGAUAAAUCAAGAACAAUUGAUGGAAGUUUUUAGAUCUUUUGAUAGAGAUGGAAAUGGAUAUAUAACUGCAGCUGAAUUAGCCGGAUCAAUGGCUAAAAUGGGCCAACCGUUGAGUUAUAGAGAAUUAACAGAGAUGAUGAGAGAAGCUGAUAUUGAUGGAGAUGGUGUUAUCAAUUUUAAUGAAUUUGCUACCAUUAUGGCUAAAUCUGCUGCUGAUUUCCUUGGUCUUGCUGCUGUUUCAUAGUGCAAAAUCAUCACAUCACCUACUGGUAUGUGGUAUGUUGGUUGAUCAUUCUUCAUCAAUCAAGCAUUAGCAAUCUCAUUUUAAUUGUGAUCAUCAAAUUCUUAAUCAAAAAAAUGACUAACAUCUAUGGAUUUUACUUGUUCU